UGUAGGCAGUGGUAGACAGACUGUAUAACGUUUGUGGGAAGAGUCAUCAGCAAAAGUGAAAAUUUUCAUUCAUCUUGAGGUCCCGUUUGUCUAAAGCCUAAAUUUCUAUGUUCGGUUGAAUUCGGACAGCAAUUUAAUUUGUCCUCGGAAGAUUUUCUUUUGCCUGUCGUAAAUGUGCAAUAUUUUCCCCUGGCGAUUGUAGUACUGUACACGGUAAUAAGUGGGAGGAUUGCGUGUUGAGGAAAAGUUUCGCCUUCGAACCACUAACCAGCACAAGUGGAGAGGGGUGUGUUGGCUGCAAAAAAGUACAGAAGAAAGAGUUGCAGCUUCCACAUCAGCUGCUGCAUUUGGAUUACCGUAAAGCAAGAAGGUGAAAAAACAAGAAAAACGCAACCCCGAAGAGAAGAAACCUUUGGUGGCAGAAACAGCAGUAACAACAAAGUGUGAGGCAAACUGUGAAGAAGAGUUAGGUAGUUUCUCUUCAUUAAAAAUCUAUUUCUAUAGAUUUUGUAUGUACGAAUGUUGAAAUUUGAAAUCUAAACUGCGUUUUAACACAGAACACACCACCCAUCACCCUGAAAGGACUGUCAUCUGUCUGUCAGCGUCUUAUUAACGAGAGCACCCGACAACCACCGAAUUCCAGCAACACCUAAACAUCAGAAAUCAUAACCAACGUCGCGCACUUUUCCACCGCCGUCACAACAAAUAGCAUAAAGACACAUAACCGCUCCCACCUACCUGUGUACCGAACCGCAUAUUAUAGUAAUCUCGUCGUGUCUCCUUCAAUCCUGAUAAAGAUAAAAGCACAAUCGUACAGCCCACCCCCUGCGGAAGUGUCUCACAGAGAAGAAAGUUUUUCUCAUAGCCGCGUAUGCCGUCGUAGUCCCAGCUGGCAGAAACCGAAAGUACUUGCUGGCUAAGUGGUUGCGACCAAACGCUCAUACGUACGUGCAUAGAUAGAUAGUGCGAACUAUGCUGCAAAUUGUCUGUCGAGUGCUGUAGUAGUCACAAAUCAACAUUAAUAUUCGCGCACUUGCCAACGAGGGGCGAACGCGCGCGCUGGGAAAUCUGCGGCGGAAGUUUAACACCAACAAGAAGCAUCACAGUAGCAAGAAAGCUAUUUGUUCGGCUACACACACAGCCCUCCCGGGCCAGAAGGUUCCCAUCCGCACCGUACCGCUAGACAAACCUCUGUUGCUCUCUCGCACUAACCCGGUUGCGAGUCACUUUGAGUUUUUUCUCAUAUUAUCCGGUAUUAUUUACUUUGUACGUUCUUUUUUCGCUGUGUGUUGUACACAAAACAAAUGUACUACCGUACUGCUUAUACUAGUUCUUAACUGCCGUCGGUGCUUUGCUGCGUUUUACGCCUGCGUUUAAAGUAUUAUUUUGAGGAAACUAAAUCGACCGUAGACUAUAGAGAGAAAUGAAAUUCUAUUUAUUAUUUAUUUAAGUGACACAAAUAUUUUACUUUGUUUGUUCAAAGCAAGGAACUCUAAUUGAUGGUGUCUCUCCUAUCGUUCGUUCGAAAAGGUUGAGCAAAAUCAGUGAUCUGUGUUAAUACAUUCCCCACCUAUUGAUCUGUGUGUGUGCUGUAUGUGUGUUUGUCCGGUAUUCGUCUGCAUUUGGGCCCUACAUCCACGGGAUACAAAUCAUCCCCCAAUCCUUCAUUUAAUGCUACACUGAACACCUGUCCGAUCAAGCCACAGGCUAUUGCAAGUGGCCCAGUUUCCAUCUGCCAAGAUCCUCCGGUUGAAGUAUUUAGCUAGUAUGACAUUGACGGUGUCGGAAACGGACGGCAAUAAUCUUCGCACUAACCACAAUCACCAACCAACGGAUAUGACCGAAUCUCUACCUAGUUCUGAACUUUCUCUGUUAGCAAAACUGGAGGCCGCCAACAAACUGAUCGAGAGCGACUCCAAGAGUCUCAACUCUCUACAGAGUUCCGCUCACAGUCGGAAAAGCUCCGACACAAGUCAGAUUUCGCUCAACUCUGGAGCCUCGUCCGUUGGGGAGGAAGACAUCUGGUCAACAUGGGCUAGCAUUGUAGCCGACUGGGAGGCGGGCCAGAGGCGGAAAACUCCCACCGUAAAGGAACUGGUCCGGAAGGGCAUACCGCAUCAUUUCCGAGCCAUCGUGUGGCAGCUGUUGUGUGGAGCAUCGGAAACAGACAAAAAGCAGUACGCAGAAUAUAUCAAAGCAACGAGCGCGUGCGAGAAGGUGAUCCGAAGGGACAUUGCCCGUACCUAUCCGGAGCAUGAUUUUUUCAAGGAAAAGGACGGCCUUGGCCAGGAGGCGUUGUUCAAUGUGAUGAAGGCAUACUCGCUGCACGAUCGCGAGGUAGGCUACUGCCAAGGAUCGGGAUUCAUCGUCGGGUUGCUGCUGAUGCAGAUGCCAGAGGAGGAUGCCUUCUCCGUGUUGGUUCAAAUCAUGCAACAGUACCGCAUGCGAGACAUGUUCAAACCAUCGAUGGCAGAACUGGGACUCUGCAUGUACCAGCUGGAGAACAUUGUCCAAGAGCAAAUUCCCGAACUGCAUUUGCACUUUCAGUCACAGAGCUUUCAAACUUCGAUGUACGCCUCGAGCUGGUUCCUAACGCUGUAUACGACCGCCCUGAAUCUGACGCUCAGUUGCCGAAUAAUGGAUGUCUUCCUGUCGGAGGGGAUGGAGUUUAUCUUCAAGGUUGCUAUCGCCUUGCUUCUGAUCGGAAAAGAUACACUCCUUUCGUUAGACAUGGAAGCUAUGCUGAAGUACUUCCAGAAGGAGCUUCCUCAGAAGGUGGAGAAUGACAGCGAUGGUCUGUUUAAUCUAGCAUUCCAAGUGAAAAUUAACACUAAGAAGAUGAAGAAAAUGGAAAAAGAAUACGCCGAUUUACGGAAAAAGGAACAGGAGGAAAUGGUAGAGCUGAGGCGAUUACGAAGUGAGAAUCGGCUACUGAAAAAACGCAACGAAUUACUGGAAGCUGAAAGCGCCGAGUUGGCCGAUCGGCUGGUACGCGGUCAGGUAUCACGUGCCGAAGAGGAGGAAACCAGCUACGCCAUACAGUCAGAGCUGUUGGCCCUGCGGCGAGUUCAUCUGGAGGUUUCACACCAGCUUGAAAACGCUAACGAAGAGGUGCGAGCACUUAGUCUACGGCUUCAGGAAAACAACAAUUCCCGCCAGAACUCCUUCGACGAGUUGAUUAUGAAGGAAGAAGCCCUGAAGCAGCGCGACGAAAUGGUAUCUUGCCUGCUGGAGGAACUGGUCAAAGUGCGCCAGAGUCUAGCCGAAAGCGAAGAUGUGAUACGAAACCUAAAGACUAAGAUCCAGGAAUUGGAAGAAGACAAGAAGCGACUUCGAGAAACCACUAUCGACAACUCGGUGGCCCAUCUGCAGGAUGAAUUAAUAGCGAGUAAGUUGCGAGAAGCAGAAGCAAGUCUCUCGCUAAAAGAUCUCAAACAACGUGUGCAGGAGCUGAGCACCCAGUGGCAGCGACAGUUAUCGGAGCAGCGAAACGAAGCGGCACAAAGCAGUGAUUCCGGCGCAAAGAAACUGCUGUUCUGGGAAUCAUCGCGAACGCAGGAUAUGCAAAAGCUGGAAGAGGAACUGAUGACCACUCGGAUACGUGAGAUGGAAACACUGACGGAGUUGAAGGAACUUCGAUUGAAAGUUAUGGAAUUAGAAACGCAAGUUCAGGUUUCGACGAAUCAAUUGCGGCGACAGGAUGAGGAAUCCAAAAAGGUUAAGGAAGAACUGGAGGAGGCGUUGAUUCGCGAAAGAGAGUUAUCCAAUAAAGCGCGUGAACAACAGCAUCGAUAUUCUGAUCUCGAAUCUCGCAUGAAGGAUGAGCUGAUGAAUGUGAAGAUUAAGUUCACUGAGCAAAGUCAAACCGUAGCCGAACUGAAGCAGGAAAUUUCCCGAUUAGAGACAAAGAAUUCGGAAAUGCUUGCAGAAGGUGAGCUUCGCUCCAAUUUAGACGAGUCGGACCGUGUGCGCGAUUUGCAGGAUAAGGUAGCCGAGCUAAAGGCCGAGCUGACAGCGCUCAAAUGCCGCGGAACCCCGCUGAACCUGCGAAUGAUCAAAAGCACUUCGAUUCAAUCGAUCGAUUCGACUAACGAGAUCGAUUUCAGCGAAAUGCAACUCUCCCGAAAGGACAUCGGCGGUGGCGUCGGACUAGGAUUGGUCAGCAGUGUUCCAAUUCCAGCUACUGUCAACACACCGCUAUCAUCGACGUCGUCGACGGCGUCGUCGUGAAGUUUGUUGGUGAUGCUAACGAUGACAGAAGCGACGACUCGCCACGGGCGACACUAAGCUGGCGGUAUACCGCUGAAGGAUUGCUGGAAGAGGCAUUUGCACGUGCACACACCACACACACACACACACAUACCCAUACACACCAACGCAAACGUUUGGAAAUCUAUACAUACGAAAGUCUAUUAUGUGUAUUCUAGUAGAUUGAAGUUUUCCCGGAAGCGAAUAAGGCAGAAUCGUGCUAGCUCUUUUUUAUUUAUAACAGUAACACAAUAUAUAGUAUUUAGAGGUUGUACCGAAGGCAAGAGAUGAGCGAGUACGACUGAUUAACCUAUUACGAGACGCUGUUCUUAUGAUUUAUGUAUGUAUGUAUGUUUGUACGUUUUGUUUUUUUUUAUUUAGAAGAAAAAAAUAUUUAAGUUGCUAAUCAAUAGCCACUAAUCUCUCGGAAAGGAGAAUCAGAUGCUCUAAGCGCUAAAGUGCAAGUCAGACUGGCAGACAGUAAAAAUAGGCAAUCUAUACACACGUUACUAUUAUAUCAAUUAUGUGUUUCGUUUUUUUUGUAUUAGUUUAUUAAUUUUUUCUAUAUUGUACAUUUUUAUUUAGUACCUUUCGAGCAAAAAAAAUUAAAAGAAUCAGAGAAAAGUGAGAGUUUAACUGUCAUAUAUCGUUUGUUGCACAACGGAUGGAAGAUAUUUAGUAUAUUAUUCCUAAAAAAGAUAGUUUAUAUUCCAUAUGUAUACAGCGCAUACCAGCAUCAUGGGUACGGAGCAUGAAGCUUUAUUCUGAAUGAAGCAAUCCACUGGAAAAGAGAGAAAAAAACAACGGAACUGCGCUCAACUGUUUUCUCUAGUAUUUAUCCAUGGGAUAAUGAAAUCAUUAUUUUGGUUUGUCCUUAGUUCGCGCGUACUGAAUGGCGUCGUUUGUUCACUUUUACUGGAUCACAUUUCCACUAUAACCAAAAGAACCGAAAUAUGUAGCGUUCUUUUGAUUUGCAACUGCCACGUAUGACGUAGCUGGGCAAAAGCAACAGCAGGUCAUGUGUUCGCGAAAUUAGCUUUUUAAUUUAAACGAAUAUUAGCUAUAGCUGUCCAGUCCUGACGUAAAUAGCAAAAUCCAUAAUAACGUUCGAAGUUGUGCGUAAUUCCACCAUACUUAACUACCAAGCAGUGUUAGUCGUUCUUAAUUCCCUGUCGCUCUCCGCGCUUAUCUUGUAGAAGUUGAAAGUGUUUUUAUAGAGGAAUUCUAAUCUAUUAAAUCUGGUGUGCGUGAGUCGAAUAAAAUCGGUUAGUCUAAACAUUUUAUGUGAAUCAACAGUAACCACAUGGAAACUGUACCAGGAGUGAGAAACACCUGUUUCUGUAGGGCACUAAUAGAGCCUCGUCGCUUCAAGGAAAGAGCUUUGGCCGUUUCCGCUCCGAGUGAAUCAAUAUAUAACAAAAAAUACCGCGGAUUGGCAAUUUUACAAAAUUAACUAACUCGUUGCCGGUAAAUCUGGCGGAAACGACCAAAUCAUCGUUCGAACAUGCUAACCUCUAGGAACGAAAAACGAAACAAUAGAUUAACCAAUAAAGACGAAUGGUGAUGAUGAUGGAAUAAGGUGCCAAAAAGAUUCAAGUUUGAUUUCAAAGUCAUUUUGAUUCACAUGUACACCGCACAACAUAACACAAACACAAAAUACUUAACUAAUAAAUUUAAAAUGACGGGUUGACGUGUUUCGUUGCCGAAUUUAGAUUGAACUUUGCAGGACAACCCAACAACCUAACGUUUGUUGUUUGAUAUUCGAAAAGAGAAACCAUUUACGUGAUAAUUUUUAUUAGUCGUAAACAAAAGAGUAUUGUUUUGCUGUUUUCCUUAUGAAUAAAACCUAAACGCAUAUACAUAUAUUUACAUACACACAAAGAAUUGAUUGGUUUUAUCUUUCCUGUCUCCAAGCGCAGCGUGAAAGAAAUCGUAAAACAGAAAAAUACUCAGUGCAAACAUACUAACAACAACACGAACGUUUGCUGAUCGUUUUCAAAAUGGUAGAAACUAAUAGGAUUAGAUUGAGUUAUUUGAAACAAGCAAAAACAUAAUCACAAUUACCAAAAUAAUCCAUAGAUUUGCGUAGCUGUAGAUGUACUUAAAACAUUACCUAACCAUGCGACGGAAUAGACAAGUGAAUGCCACAUAACAUUUCCAUUCCAAUCAUGCAUCUUCCACGACAGUGGGAACGAAGAGGAAAAUCACAAUCACACAGGGUCAAAUUUUCUAUAUCAAAAUGUGUAGGAACGCUAGUCGAGCGAAAUUUUAUCAUAAUGCAAGAAGUGAAAACAAACGGAAAACAUUACGCAAAAAAUUCCGAGUUUGAGUUUUUACACAGACACACACACACAUGUUUCCGGAUCGAUGCAAUUAGAAAAGUUCCGAGGAGAAGGUCGAACGAUUUUAACGAUAAAUAGUUCAGGAAAAUGACCAAGUAGACAGAUUUGGGUAGAAAGAUGCGCGAUGAAGAACAAGAAUCGAAAAGCACGCGUCCGUGGGAAGAUUUGAGAACGAGAAAAAAGCAAACAGAAACGAAAACUAGCAACAGAAUAAACACC